AUGCAAAGCUUAGAGAGUUCAGAUUCUCUGCAAAAGCGAGUCACAGUCCUUCUGAUGAUAGCGGCAGAUGGUUCAAGAAAACAUCAUCGUAGCCAUGAUUCUGAUGAUGAGCAACGUAGAAGCCAUUCUAAAAAGUCCAAAAGCCAAAAGCCGCCAAGCAUCUCUGACGAUUUAAGAGAUCAGAUUAAACCCAUUACUGAGGAAGAUUACUUUGAAAAGGCAACCGAGUUUCGUCUUUGGCUUAAAGAGGAAAAACGCAAAUAUUUUAAUGAACUUGAUUCCAGCGAUUCUCGAUAUUAUUUCAAAAAGUUUGUCAAAGCAUGGAAUCGCUUUGAGCUCCAAGAAAAAUACUACAAGGGACUUAGUUCGGCACAGCUAGCAUCGUCAGAUACAACUCGGUACAAAUGGAAGUUUGCAUCAAAAGUUGAUCAAUAUGAGCUUGAUACUAUCAGAGACAGUGUAGAUACAAUGACGAGUAGAGGGGUGGUUAAAGAUGAGUCUAAUAAAGGUCGGCGAAGAAAUGUUGGACCUGCAAUGCCUACUAGUCCCGUCAUCCGACAGGACCGAGAAACUGCUGAAGAACGUUUGGAGGCAGAAAGAAUGCGACGAAAGGCAGAAUCCAAGAACCUUCGACGGAAGCGGGAUUCUUAUCUUGACGAGGUUGCACCAAAAGAAACUGGGCGUGAGGCAAUGCUUGAGAAACGUAAAGCUACGAAUGCGUUCCACAAACGGGAAAGGAGUCCGGAUGUGGAACUUAGUGAAGCAGAUCUGAUGGGUGGGGAUGAUUUCCAAUCAAGGCUAGCUGCUGAGAAACAACGAGAAGAACGCCGAAAUACCAGAAAGGCAGAAUAUCAAAAACGCUAUGCACCUCCCCAGGAUAGAGUUGCUGAAUACAAGGCAAAAGAGAAUGCGACUAUUGAGAUGUUUAGAAAAAUGGCAGAAGAGCAGAAGAGACGUGGUGGAUUAUAA